AGACAUUUUGUAUAUAAUUUAUAUUCGAGCAGUUCGAAUUCCUAUCACGAAACAAGAUUCACGGUCCAUCUAUUCGUUCGUGAUUUCGUUCUCUCGUAUUGGUCCGUGCUUAACUAGCCUAACUAUCGACGAUUAAAACAAUGGAUGCGCUAUAUAACCGAAAAGGUUGAAGGCGCUAUAAUCCAACCAGCCGGUGGAGCAAAAGGGGAAAAAAAAGAUUAAAACAACGGGAAAACAGCAUCUUGAUCUGUUAAUUUCGCUGAUUCCGGCUUUUCGUUUUCAAUCAUCUUCGCUGCAUGAGCAGCACCUCUGGUGACGGAAAAACCACGUGACCUUGUCGACGACCUCUCAGUUCGGCAUUUAACAUCGUCCGUCAUCUGGUCUCGUUUCACGAUAGGUAUACGUCGGAUAUCGACGAACCGUUUCUGGGAUCGUCACCUCGUCGGGCGCGUAGACUCGUUUUAGAUUCGUUUUGCACUUCGUCGAGGGCUCCAGACCGUCGUGUGUGAAUCCCGACAGAUAUGAUACGUACUACGUCGAGCCUACGUAAUGGACUGGCACGCGCGAUCGUCCGUGGUUCGGUGCGAACCAGCACCAGACCCAUAGUCGUCCGAUGUCUUCACAGAAAACAUCAACAGAGACUUCAGCUUCACAAUGCUUUGCGUUUCGUCUCGACUCCAUGGCAGCAACAGCUCAGGUUUUACGCCGAUUAUCCCGAUCAUAUCAAGGUCCCGCUUCCAGCAUUGUCUCCCACUAUGGAAACAGGAACAAUAAUCAGCUGGCAGAAGAAAGAGGGUGACAAAUUAAAUGAAGGUGACUUGCUGGCAGAGAUUGAAACAGAUAAAGCUACUAUGGGAUUUGAAACUCCUGAGGAAGGUUAUCUGGCCAAGAUCUUAGUACCUGCAGGAACGAAGAAUGUACCUAUAGGCAAACUGGUUUGCAUUAUUGUACAAGACGAAUCUAACAUAGCUGCAUUUAAAGACUUUCAAGACGAUACAAUAGCUGCGCCUCCUCCUACUGCAGCGGCUCCCACAGCACCUGCACCACCGCCGACGCCUGUAGCAGCACCAGCUGUACCAGCCACGGCAAAAAUUCCUACUAUCACGCCGCCUUCCAGGGAAAGAAUAUACACCAGUCCAUUGGCGAGAAAAUUAGCGGCCGAAAAAGGACUUAGUUUAGAGAGUCUAAAAGGAACAGGAUUAUAUGGUUCUAUAACAUCCAAAGAUUUGGAAGGUGUGGCGGUACAGCCAGUAAAACCAGCAGUAACUGGCAUUGGCGUGCCAACUGGAGUAGAUAUUCCUGUAUCGAAUAUACGUGCGGUUAUCGCUAAACGCUUGUCGGAGAGCAAGCAGACGAUUCCGCAUUAUUAUCUCUCUGUAGAUGUAAAAAUGGAUGGCGCAUUGGCGAUGCGAGAACAGUUUAAUAAAUUGUUAGAAAAGGACAAAAUGAAAAUAAGCGUAAAUGACAUUAUCAUCAAAGGAAUGGCAAUGGCUUGUAAAAAGGUACCAGAAGGUAAUAGCGCCUGGUUAGGAAAUGUAAUUCGACAAUAUAAUAAUGUGGAUGUCAGUGUAGCAGUGAGCACGGAUAGCGGUCUAAUCACUCCCAUAGUGUUUGGUGCUGACAUAAAGGGUAUAGUUCAAAUCAGUAAAGAUGUAAAGGCAUUGGCCGCGAAGGCGAGAGAAGGAAAAUUAAAACCGCACGAGUUUCAAGGAGGAACGAUUACUGUGUCCAAUCUGGGCAUGUUUGGAAUUAAGAAUUUUUCUGCUAUAAUAAAUCCUCCACAAUCUAUCAUUCUUGCUAUUGGCACCACGGAGGCUAGACUGAUACCUGCCAAAAAUGAGAAAGGAUUCACAACUGCCCAAUAUAUGUCUGUAACUGCCAGCUGCGAUCACCGUACCGUUGAUGGUGCAAUAGGCGCACAAUGGUUAGCUGCUUUUAAGGAUUUGAUGGAAAAUCCAACGAUGAUGCUUUUAUAAAAUGUUACUUCAAAAAAUGAUCUACACGUGAUUAAAGAGAUGUUAAGAGGCGAUACAUUUUUUAUGAAUUAUUUUUCGUCUCGCCGAACGAGACUUCCAUUAAUUCGAUUAAAAACCUUGAGUAAAGUUUUCAAAAAAAAGUUAUAUAAAACGUUCUUUUAUUCAUGAAUGGAUGAGAAGGCAAAUGUUCAUUUCAGUAUAAUCAAAGUUAAUAAAUAAUUCGGAUUUGCCGUUUUAUUUGACAAGAAUGAGAGAUUUUUAAAAUCAUUAUCUAACAAAACUGCCUCUAAUAGUGGUCAUAUGUACAUAUGUGUAUUUAUGAUAAUAAUUCAAGCGACUGAGUUGCAGAAAAUAUGAUGACUACGUCUUAGGGGAAGUAACAAUGAAAGUGUCCAAAAUGUUUAUAGUAAAUAUAAUUUUAAAAAUGUAUAUCUUAUAUUUAAUAAAUUACCUCUAUGACAUA